AUGGUUGUCCAAGAUUGUAAAAGAGAAGAACGAACUCCAGCUGAAUAUGUUGUUGUCAUCUGUAGAGUAACGGGGCUAGUUGGAAAGGAGCUAGCCAAUCAUCUUUUCUCAACAUCUAAAUGGAAGGUAUACGGCAUAUGUCGAAGGCUAGAAAAGAAAAGCACAUCCCAAAAUCCACGUUAUCAUUUCAUUUCUUGUGAUCUCCUAAACACCUCGGAAACCCAAGAAAAGCUAUCUUCAUUGGAUGAUGCGACUCAUAUAUUUUGGGUGACUUGGGCAAGCCAAUUUCCUCUAGAUACUCCACAGAUUUGUGAGCAAAACAAGAGCAUGAUGAAUAAUGUCUUAAAUGCUAUCCUCCCAAGAGCUAAAGCACUCAAACAUAUUUCUCUACAGACAGGAACCAAAUAUUACGUCUCAUUACAAAACACAUAUUGUUCUACUAAACAAGUUUGUUAUUACGACGAGCAAUGUCCCAAAGCUGAUUCUGAGUAUAACUUCUAUUAUGCACUGGAGGACUUGCUCAAGUUGAAAUUAAGAGGUAAAAUAGCAUGGUCUGUCCACAGACCGGGUUUGAUCAUAGGCAGUUCUCAUAGGACACCUUUUAAUUUUAUGGGAAGUUUGUGUGUCUAUGGAACAAUUUGUAAACAUUUGAAUCUGCCUUUUGUAUUUGGUGGGAAAAGGGAAUGUUGGGAAGAGAUGUGGGUGGAUGGAUCAGAUGCUAGGCUAGUUGCUCAGCAGCAUAUUUGGGCAGCCACCAAUGAAAUAUUUUAUUCCACAGAUGGCCAAGCUUUUAAUACCAUAAAUGGCUCAAACUUUACGUAG